AAUGAGACGGGGUGCAGGUCCAUCGAAAGGGGCAAGACCAGCAGCAACUGCCGAAACCAUAGCGACGGUUGAUGCAGACUCGAGGUCUGAGACGUCAGACCUGGGGCAGCGGUCAGCGUGCACGGGAGGCGGUGCUAACCGACCGGCGAACUCAGCCAUCUACCGCUGGACACUGAGCCACGCCAGGCCCAGGAAUCCUCCAGUCUGCCCCUCAGAAGACCCCAACUAGGGAGACGGGCAGCCGGCAAAGGGGCCUGACGUCCUCGGGAUAUUGUUAAAUAAAACUCCAGCUUCUGAUUUUGAGUCCAGAAGACAGUCGACUACAUCCUUAUUCAUAUAUUUAGAGCUGCAACUUCUUUGUUGAAGAAAUGUCUGCGGAAUUAGAAAAGAAUAAAGAGAGACUGAUGCAAGCUGCGAAAAUGUUCUUCUUUCAUGUACAAGAUCUUGUUUCUUUCACAAAUAAAUGUAUUGAUUUGUUUAAUAGUAAUAUGAACACUCAGAUCCUCUUGACGGCUAUGAAAGAAGAUAGUAGCAUAAAGGAUUUGGUUGAACAAAUGCUCAAACAAUGUAAGGAAAUGAAAUCAGCACUGGAUGCAAAACUCAGCAAAACGCAAACAGAACCUUUCUAUUCCAAGGCUGCAACAACCAUGUGCUCUGUGGUUGAGAAAUAUACCAAUGUGGAGUUGCCUCCUUCAGCUAAAGAGUUGUUUGACAUUAUCCAGACACCCGUCAUUGUUUCUGUGCUGAGAAGUAGUAACAUCCUUGAGAGUUUAGAAUCUUUACUUUCACUCUUGAUGACGUUCCCCAUCAUGAAUCUUCGAGUCAGUGACUUCCAUAGAGAAGACACCAAAGAGCAAUCAGAUGCCACCACAUCUGGGAAAACCAUAAAUCCAAAUCUUUCUAAAAACACCACAAAGGACACUUUGAAGAAGCUGCAGGAGGCAUUAAAAACUGAGAAUGCCAGCAAUCCUGAAGAGUCAGCAGCAGAUCACUUGGAACAAAUUGUCAGGGCUAUGGAGCCAACCUUACAUAUUCUUCAAAAAGCCAUGCAAACUGUGGAAACCAGUAUUUCCAAGUCUAAGAAAGUCAAUGACAAGUAGGAGUGCAAUAGAAGACAUCUGUCAGGAAAUUAACUCGGAUUCUGUGAUUUUUAAUAGUACUUUCUAUUGUAAAAGCCUUUGUGUCAGAACGUUAGCAUGGGGAAUAGUCAUCUGGUAAACCAUUUACUUAUAGUUCUGCUUUAUUACAAUAAAAAGGAAUAAUCAAAGAA